AUGCAUUUGCUACACCAGGCUAUGCUGCUGUUUGCAGCUUACUUCUUCUUAAAUGUUGAUGCUGAAUCGAAGGUCCGAAGCUUGAAUCGCGCAGUGUCGAAGAAUCCGAUCAACCGCUACCUGAGGGUUGUGAGUGACGACGAAAGAGGAUAUAUCAGCUUUCUCGGCCUCGAGAAAACACAGGAAUGGAUUAAUUCUCUGGUGAAGAAAAUAAUCGCGAGCCCAAAGCCGACCCAGGAUAAUAUUCCCGACGAAACGCUAUCACAUGUGCUCAAUGCAGUAAGCCCACUAAAGAAUAGCAUUUCAGCUGCUACCAAGCAUCAAAGUCCCCAGAUCCAGAUGUGGCUCAACGAAGGGAAAUCAACAGGAGAAGUGUUUAAGCUGCUUGAAUUGAAAAAAUUCACGCUCCCAAACUUCAAAAUAGCUGAUGGCACGCUGUUCGAUCAACCAAGCUUUCACACUUGGGUGCAGUACGUGGACGAUUUCAACGCAAAGAACCCUAUGAAGCAAGAAUCGAUGACCCCGUCUUUAUUGACUGCUUACAGCGACGUAACCCUGUCAAAAGCCCUUGCGCUGGCGAAAAAAGGCCCGACCACUGAGGCUCUCGCCACUAAACUAAGGAAGGAACAAAUUCAGUGGUGGCUGAAAGACGACAAAACCCCAGAGACUGUUUUCAAAUUGUUUAUGCUCGACAUGAUCUACUGA